CAAAGGAGUGAAAGGAAACCUCGGAUGCUGAAAAGCGGGAGGUUGGGUCGACUCGACCGAAAAGUUUCACAUUUAAAAUUAUCUGAGACAUUUAUUCAGCAUAUUUUUGUUUAGUUUUUUUAUUUAGAAUAGCAGAGAACAUACCUCGUAGCUGGUUAUUGACUGAAAACAAAUAUUUUAUUUAUCAGGUUGUCUUGCUGUCUAUCCAGCCAGUCAGUUAGCUAGCAAAUCAAGGGGCGCGAGAGCAGCAUCCGAACGACGCACUAGCAUCCGUUGUCGCUCACGCACGUCAUAUUGGAGCCUUGUAGCCUCCGUGCGCGAGGGAAUAUUUUGGCAGUUUGGCAAUAUUUGGCACAGAUAAGAAGCCUCCAGGUACGAAGGUUGGCUAUUACGGUUUUACGGAUUGACUGGUCCCGCAGGCGUGCCUUGCUUGUGUCGUCGUGUCUAAGGAGACAACAGCGACUGAGGCAGUGAUUACAUUACUUGUACUUACUGUAGGGGGUCUGUAAGCGCAUCUGUCAUGGCGCUUUUGAUUUUAUCAUGGAAACAUAACUUAUUCUGGCUGAAUUGUUAGAGCUUCGUAACAUUACAAACCUGAUUUGUUCCUGACUAUAAGCUGUUACUAUUAUGCUCAGUUCUUGCUGUUUUGCUACAUUGCUCUCGUUGUUAUUAGAUACUCCCAGCACACCCAUGUCUGUCUGCGGGGCCUCCAUAGUUAGCAAGCGCUGUUGUCUCCAUCACCUCCAUCACCACCCGUUUGGCAGACCGCAGCAGGACUGAUACUUGGAAAUCAACUUCAACAACUGUCACUGGCAUGCUCGAAAAAAACAUACUGCCGUCUCAGUACUGGGUUUUCAGUGAUCAGCUUUAUUCAUGCAACGCUACUCGAACUACAAUCCCAAAACUUAAUUUUAUAUGUCAGUAAUGAUCACUUGCCAAACAGUUUUUGAAACAUAUGACCUUACCUUUCAAUUCAGGGAGAAAUAAUUUAAAUAUAAAUGUGCCCUUUAGCGGAUAUGCAUAGAUCCAAACAGUGUGAUUCCAGUCCAGAACUGACAGUUUCUCCUGAUUUAGUCUCCACUCAGGCCCGUUUGGGUUCCGAACAGGGUUUGCUUCAGUGUCAUCCACCCUGAACUCCAAAGUGGAAUUAGCAUAAGAGUUCCAGAAGCCUAAUUUAAUACCCUACCUGUCCAGGUGACCUUGUUCGGGCCUUAUUCAUGGACAUAGCUAUUACUUUGUGUGUUAACGUCUACUGUGUUGUGUCUGAUAGGAUGAGCGGUGAUGAGAUGAACCCGGCAGCGGUGGCACAAGCUGUGGUUGACGUACAGGGAGAUGAUCGCUGGAUGUCCCAGCACACGCGGUUUGUUCUUGAGUGUAAGGAUGCCGAGCCAGAGGUGCUGUUUAUAGGAGACUCCAUGGUGCAGCUGAUGCAGCAGUAUGAGGUCUGGCGGGAGCUCUUCUCUCCUCUACAUGCACUGAACUUUGGCAUCGGGGGAGACACCACGUGUAAUGUGCUGUGGAGGCUGCAGAAUGGAGAACUGGACAACAUCUGGCCCAAGGUGGCCGUAGUCUGGGUAGGAACCAACAACUAUGAGCACUCUGCGGAACAGGUGGCCGGGGGCAUCUUUGCCAUCGCACAGCUACUCACCUCCCGUCUUCCUAAGACUAAGGUUGUCGUUUUGGGUCUGUUGGCGAGAGGCGAGCGGCCCAACCCGCUGCGGGAGAAGAACGCGGCGGUGAACGGCCUCCUGCGCUCCUUGCUGCCGCAGCUGGGACAGGCCCAGUUCCUGGAUGUGGGAGAGGGCUUUGUGCACUCGGACGGGACCAUCUCCACCCGGGACAUGUUUGACUUCCUGCACCUGACGUCUGCAGGCUACCGGGCUAUCGCCAAGCCCCUCAGCGACCUGCUCCUGCAGAUUCUGGAGGAGACGCCUGAGGAGAGGAGGGCUUCGCUGGUCUGACAUCCCCACACAGCCGGGGGCUUUACUGACCCACUCUGACCCUGCUCCAAACCACUGAUCCUUAUUCACACCCGUUGUCCUCCAUCUAAUGGUUGAGGACAGGAUUAGGCGGAGGGCGGUCUGAUCCUAGAUCUGUGGUUUGGGGUGGCCUGUACUGGGAACAGGGGGUGGGGUAGGUGUGGGGGUGGGGGGGACGGGCUCCUGUCAGUGGGGAAGGAGUCAACUGAAGAUAUGUCACUCACAGGAGAGGGCGGGGCCAAGCAGAGAUGGGGCUCCUGGGUGUGGAACAGACAUGGCAGGAGGGGAGUGCAUGGGAUCGUGUGUCUGUGUGUUUGUGGGGGGGGGGGGGGGGGGGGGGGGGGCUGACGGUGUGGAGAGGUGGAGGAGAGAGACCUCACAAUUUCCAGAGACAUCUGUACUGUAGCAACAGCACUAGCACUGGAGUCUGAGGUUUAGAGAGGGCUGGGUCAUUUAAUGGCCAGUGGCCAGGGUUGCAAGGAUCCUUUGGAAAUGUAAUCCCUUACAUUUACUAGUAACCUGUUCAAAAAUCAGUAUAUUCACUUUUAAAUUACCCAAACACAGUAAUAAUCUGAUGAAAUCUGUUAAUUUCAGAGAUUUUUUCUAUUAAGGAGAGGACAUUAGGAGACGACAAUAAAUAUGAGCAAUUGAACAACAUCUGUUACAACAUCAAUCAAUGCCACGCCCCGCUGAAUGGAACAUAACUGUUGCAUCAAUCUAGUACCUCUAGUGUCUCUUGUUUCUGAAAUAUCAUAAUGUUAACGGGGUAAAUAUGCUAAUGAUGUGAGGUUUGUUUUGGGAAUGACUAACCCAAUGCUUGCUGCAUUCAAACGGAUAAUACAAUAUAUCUUCACAUUAAAGUCUGUCAGAUUUCCAGUCGGUCCUAUUGAUUGAAUGCACAUUGAUCUUCAAGUAUUUGGCCUGGAAAUGUUGAUGUAUUAUUCUUCUGAACAUAACCCCAAAACGAAAAACGAGUCGGCCUAUUCUGUUUUUGUUUUCUGUUGUUGAGGACAAUAGGGCCCAUUGCUUCAACCGUUGUGUAGAGCAGCAGCGUGAUUCAUUGAAGGCCAAGAGAUGUAUGUAGCCUUGUGGUCUGUACCUGGCACCAGAGACUGGAAAAAACGGCUUGACCUGGAAAAAAGUGCUUCUGGUUACUAUUAUAUGUACCCACCUUUAAGCACAAUUGUUGAUUACUUGUCAACAAUGAAGCAUUUAACUUUAGUUAGGGAAGUACCGACAAGAUGUUUUUAAGAAGUCCAUGUAUUUCAGUACCGUAGGCAGAAGUAAUCAUCUACUUCCUGUUAUGUUAUCAGAUGACAAUGUAUCUGCUGGUAACAUUACGGAUUACAGUCAUUUUCUUUACUGGUUAUCCCAACCCUUCCAAUGCCACUUACGUACUGUAAAAUAAAAUCCUAGAGAGAUGCACUGUGUACUGUAGAAUAAAAUCCUAGAGAGAUGCACUGUGAACUGUAGAAUGUGGGCUGGGCCAGGUGAAAGAUUAAGUUGCUUCUUAGUGGAGCACAGCUUAGAAGCUCUGUUAUCAGCACCCCUGUAUGUUCUGUGAUUAGAGGUCCUGAACGGUGCAGUGGUGUAAGUCCAGUGCUCAGCAGUGUUUGGCGAAGGGUGGGUAGGGAUGUCUGGAUGCUUUAACACUGGCCACUCCUUGCCGUGGUUCAGGGCCCUGCAAGCUCUGUUCUGGUUCAGAGAACUAUGAUCAGAAGCACAGGGGAUUGUCAAGAUUUGCUUUGGAAGACAUGUUCUGAAAAGCUCCCAAAUUGCACUCUGCGGUGGACAUAAUCACAGAUUAGCUGUCAGGAAAUUGGGACCAGAAGAAAAUGAGUGUAAAAUUAAAGAGAAAUGCCAAAUUUCUUUAAAGUUCCUAACUGCCAUCCGAGGACCAACUACAAAGUGUUUUCUGCUCCUUGCUCUCUCUGUGCCUUGACACAACAGUGAGGUCAAGCUUCCCCCCCACACCAGCCUGCAAACACUGGCUCUUUCCCUUACACAUAGAAAACUCUAACCCCUGUGCUCUGUCCCUUACCCAUAGAAAACUCUAACCCCUGUGCUCUCUCCCUUACACAUAGAAAACUCUAACCCCUGUGCUCUGUCCCUUACCCAUAGAAAACUCUAACCCCUGUGCUCUCUCCCUUACACAUAGAAAACUCUAACCCCUGUGCUCUGUCCCUUACCCAUAGAAAACUCUAACCCCUGUGCUCUGUCCCUUACACAUAGAAAACUCUAACCCCUGUGCUCUGUCCCUUACCCAUAGAAAACUCUAACCCCUGUGCCCUGUCCCUUACCCAUAGAAAACUCUAACCCCUGUGCCCUGUCCCUUACCCAUAGAAAACUCUAACCCCUGUGCUCUCUCCCUUAUACAUAGAAAACUCUAACCCCUGUGCUCUCUCCCUUACACAUAGAAAACUCUAACCCCUGUGCUCUGUCCCUUACCCAUAGAAAACUCUAACCCCUGUGCUCUGUCCCUUACCCAUAGAAAACUCUAACCCCUGUGCUCUGUCCCUUACCCAUAGAAAACUCUAACCCCUGUGCUCUGUCCCUUACCCAUAGAAAACUCUAACCCCUGUGCUCUGUCCCUUACCCAUAGAAAACUCUAACCCCUGUGCUCUGUCCCUUACCCAUAGAAAACUCUAACCCCUGUGCUCUGUCCCUUACCCAUAGAAAACUCUAACCCCUGUGCUCUCUCCCUUACACUGAAAUACCUGCUCAGUCUGGCCCGCUCUGUCAUCAUCUGUUCUCAUGUAGUAUCCUGUGUGUAGUAUACAGAACACCCAGUCCCUGUCCACACUACAACCUGCCUCCUAGUUUUCACUGGACGUCUUACACAGCAUCAUGAUAAAGCUACCGACACAGAACUACAUUAAUGUACUAGUCUAUUAAAAGCCCAACCACAGGUCACAUAGAGAAUGACGUGUUUGUGGCCUUUCAUUUGUUUUUUGUUUUGUUCCUGUUGCAGUUUAACUUAAGUGGUUACCAAGGUCCUCUUGCUGAGCAUUGAAUGCUCUCAUCUUACUACCCUCUGUAUUCAUAUUCUUCUUGCGCUCUGUCAAUAUACAUCUCCUUCACUGUUGAAGUGUGUCUGCAUGUGUGUGACUGAAGUCUGUUUGAGAGUGUGCAUUGGUUGUAUGACUGUUUAGAAGUGACCCAUUUGUACAUAAUACAUACAUAUAUAUAUAUAUAUAUAUAUAUAUAUACAUACAUAUAUAUAUAUAUAUAUAUAUAUAUAUAUAUUUGAAGCUUGGAUAGAUUACCUUGUGUUGCGAAUGUGGUAAUGUUUGUAUGAGAAUUCAUGUUAGUGAGAAUCUGUUCUUGGUGCAAAGUGGAUUACAUUUGGCUUAUUGUCACAUGCUUAAAAGAUAAAGCAUUCCAAUAAAGGACCAUGGAUGUAAAUCA